AUGUGGACGAUUGGCUUGAAAACACGAACUAUUAUUUUAUGUUCAAUUACUUUUGCAUUUUUUAAGUUAUUAGGAUAUUUUGAGCCAAAUUAUAGGUAAGAAUAACUAGACUCUGAAGACUGUAUGAUCUAACAAUCAGAUGUUUGAAAAUUCAGAAAAUCUAAGACCAGCCUAAGAAAGUUCAAAUAAAAAUAUUUGAUUAUAGAGUUGAGCGAAUUGAAGAAGAAGAAGAUGUUGAAGAUUUCAAAGCAUUUAUAACAUCAUCAUAUUAUUAUCCAAAAUCACAAAGUUUAGGUGAUAAUGCAUUAGCAAUUGUAAUGAAUAUAAAUCAAAAACGAAAAAAUUGGUUUGAUAAAACAUUAUAUGAAAUUGAGAAAAAACCACUAAUAACAAUAAGAGCAAUUAAUUUAACAUCCACAAAAAUCAUUACAACAUCUUAUGAAAGAAUCACAUUGGCUGGAAAUAAAUGUUUAUUACCAUCAGUAUUUCUAACUGUUCAACUUCUACCAAACACACUUUCUAUUGAAUUUCUUGGUGAUAAUCAACAAAAUUCGGUAGAAAUUCCAUUUUCAAUUCCACCAACUACAAAAUAUGAUGUUGUAGUUUGUAUAACUCCGAUUUUUGUUGCGGAAAAUUGGCAGACUUUUUUGUUUGCAAUGCAUAUUUAUAAAAAGUUUGGAGCAUUUGUGAAUUUAUAUUAUAUUAGUUCGAUUGAUUCAUUUUUUGAUCUUAUAAGAAUUUAUGAAGAUGCUGGUUAUUUGACAAUUCAACCUUGGGUUACUAUUAAAAUGAUUGGAGUUGAUAAAAAUGAAUUGGAUGCUUUUCAACAAGUUGAAUUUAGAAAUCAGGCUGCUUCUCAAACUGAUUGUAUUUUGAAGUAUAAGGUGAGUUUGUGAAUUAAUUUUAAAGGGGGGGUAAGACGACAAAAUUUUAUUUUCUCAAUGAAUCGGGCUCCCUUUGAAUAGUAAAAGCCCCAGGGGGUUUUUUCUAGAAGGGCCUAAAAAGGUCCGAAAAAAAUAUUCCAUGAACUUUUUUCAACGUAUAGCUAUACGUUGUCCGAAAGUUUAUGGAAUAUUUUCAACGUAUACCUAUACGUGGUACCUAGUUUAUGGAACAUUUUUUCUGGACGUUUCCAGAAAAAAUCCCUUGGAGGUUUUACUACUUUUGGGGAGCCUUUAACUUUGCGACAAAAAAAUUUUGUCGUCUUACCCCCCCCCCUUUAAAACUUAGCAUAACUCUACUUCCGAUUAAAAAAAACUAACCAUCAAAUAAUGAUCAGCAUGGUCGAUUUACCCAGAAGACGUCUUCUCAAAAAAAAAAAAAAUUUUGAAAAAAAGUUUUUUACUGAUGUACUUUUAGUAAAUCGACCAUGCUGAGCAAUAUCUGAAACUUUAUUUUUCUUAAAAAUCAUUUUGAAAUUGAGCUUAGGUGACUUUUAUGAGCUAUGUUUUGAACUGAUCAGCAUGGUCGAUUUACCCAGAAGGCAUAUAAAGUGAGUUGGUGAAUCUCAAAAAAAAAAAAAAAAAAAAAUUCGAAAAAAAGUUUUUUAUUGAUGUACUUUUAGUAAAUCGACCAUGCUGAGCAAUAUCUGACACUUUAUUUUUCUCAAAAAUUAGCUUGAAAUUGAGCUCCGAUGACUUUUAUGAGCUAUUUUUUGAACUGAUCAGCGUGGUCGAUUUACCCAGUAGACGUCUUCUCAAAAAAAAAAAAAAAAAAAAAAAAAAAAAUUUCGAAAAAAAGUUUUUAUUGAUGUACUUUUAGUAAAUCGACUAUGCUGAGCGAUAUCUGACACUUUAUUUUUCUCAAAAAUUAUCUUGAAAUGGAGCUUUGAUGACUUUUAUGAGCUAAUUUUUGAACUGAUCAGCGUGGUCGAUUUACCCAGAAGACGUCUUCUCAAAAAAAAAAAAAAAAAAAAAAAUUCGAAAAAAUUGUUUUUUACUGAUGUACUUUUAGUAAAUCGACUAUGCUGAGCAAUAUCUGAAACUUUAUUUUUCUCAAAAAUUCCAGGAAACCGCGAAAUUUGUUACAUGUCUUGAUAUGGAUGAUAUUCUUAUUCCAAAACUUGCUCCAACAUUCAUCGAAGAAUUCAACAUUCUUCUCAAAAACGCGAAAGAAAAUAGUUAUUUAAUUUAUCCAAAACAAGAUUUCUAUGGCUCAACUGUUAAUAAUUUCAACAAUUUUUCGGUUUCAAGUAUGUUUGAAAGUUUGGAGCAACAAAACUGCACAAAAUCUGGUAAAAUUGUGACGGAUCCCAGGAUGAUAAAUUAUACAUGGAUUCAUUGGACUUAUCAGAAAGUGAGACGAAUUAAAAUUCAAGAAAAUAAGAUAACCCAUUUGAAAAAACUGGAAUGGUUGGAAUCGUUUCCAAAAUCAAAUAAAUUAUCGAAUAUUUCAAUAAUGAACGAGAUGAAUGUGUUGAAAGAUAUUGAGGAAAAUUGGCAAAAAAUGCGAAAAAAAGUGGAUUUGAAGAAAUCGUUACCAAAAGAACAAUUCUAUGCAAAAGUUGUCGGAGAUUGUUAUAUGAAAAAUUACUAUUCAUACAUUUCUGCUGAAUCUGCGCCGCCUUUUUGUUCAGGUCCACAUUAUUGUGAAUAUCCUCAAAGAGAUGAUAUUAAAUGUGUUCAUUCGGAUGCGAGAUAUGAUUUUGUUCCACAAAUGUCACCUGUGACUUAUUAUUUUGCAGUUCAACCGAGGUUUAAUUCAUCCUAUGGAUGUUAUUCAUAA